AUGGAACUUUUUGAACUGUUCAGAAUUCGACUGCGGUACUUCCUUAGUUUUUGGAACAUUGUCGACAUCGUUCUUUUAUCGUUAUGUUGUAUUGAUGUCUAUUUGGAUUACCGUAGCAAUAAAGUGGCAGCUGAUAGAAUCAAUGAAGUGCUAGACAACGGACUCACUGAUGCUGCGUUCGACGAUGUUGUUGAAACUCAAGAGCUGUUCAAUGACAUCGCGGCAGUCAUUCUGUUCUUAUCGUGGAUUAAGGUGAGCCGUUUAAUCAAUUAA